UUCCUGCAGAUGAUGGCGACCUACGCGCAUAACUGGCUGCAAAUGAGAUCCAUCCCCACCAUUUCGGGCGCCUACCCCUUCCUGGGACACGCGCUGCUCCUGGAGCGAGGAGGGAAAGAGUUUUUCCAGCAGAUGAUUUAUUACACAGGACGCAACAGACAUGUGCCAAUGCUAAAACUCUGGCUUGGCACAGUACCAGUAAUAGCCAUGUUUAAGGCCGAAACUAUAGAGGUGAGACCAAAGCAUUUGGGAAUCUGUAGAUUAAGAAGAAUUUGUUGUCUUGACUAUGCUUUAUUUGCUUUGGAUGUUGCUUUUCUCUUCUUUGUAACCAUGUCUUGUAUUUCUAGUACUGGAAACAAAUGGCGCUCCAGGAGAAAAAUGUUAACACCCACUUUCCAUUUUACCAUUCUGGAAGACUUCUUAGAUGUCAUGAAUGAACAAGCCAACAUAUUGGUUAAUAAGCUUGAAAAACAUGUUGACGGAGAAAAAUUUAACUGCUUUUUUUACAUCACUCUUUGUGCCUUAGAUAUAAUCUGUGAGACAGCUAUGGGCAAGAAUAUUGAUGCUCAGACUAAUGAUGAUUCUGAGUAUGUCCGUGCAGUUUAUAGGAUGAGUGACUUGAUACAUCGAAGAAUGAAGACGAUUUGGUUCUGGCAUGACGUUUUGUACCUUUUGUUUAAGGAAGGAAGGGACCACAAAAGGAACCUAAAGAUCUUACAUAAUUUUACCACCAAUGUCAUCAAUGAACGGGCCAAUGAAAUAAAAAGAUAUGAAGAAUGUAAAAGUGAUGACAAGGGCAUGACCCUCUCCAACAGAAAACGCAAGGCUUUUUUUGACCUACUUUUAAAUGUGAUGGAUGAUGAAGGGAACAAGCUAAGCCUUGAGGCUAUUCAAGAAGAAGUGGACACUUUCAUGUUUGAGUUGGGUCUUGAAUGCAAUGAACUGGAUGAAGUGUUUGGGAAUUCCGAUCGCCCUGUUACCUUAGAAGACCUGAAGAAACUUAAAUAUCUGGAGUGUGUUAUUAAGGAGACCCUUCGUAUUUUUCCUUCUGUGCCUUUAAUUGCCCGUGAACUUAAUGAAGAUUGUGAUGUUGGGGGGUACAACGUCGUGAAAGGCUCUCAAAUACUCAUCAUUCCCUACGCACUGCAUAGAGACCCACAGUACUUCCCAGACCCUGAGGAGUUCAAGCCAGAGAAUUCCGUGGGACGCCAUCCAUAUGCAUAUGUGCCCUUCUCUGCAGGACCCAGAAACUGUAUAGGUCAAAGGUUUGCCAUGAUGGAAGAAAAGGUUAUUCUUUCAUGCAUCCUGAGGCAUUUUUGGGUAGAAUCCAACCAGAAAAGAGAAGAACUUGGUGUGGCAGGAGAGCUGAUUCUUCGUCCUACUAAUGGCAUCUGGAUCAAGUUGAAGAGGAGAAACGUAGAUGCAUCCUAACUUCAUUAUUGGGCUGUGCCUUAGUAGGAAUAAGAUCUUUCUUUAAGAGAAACUGCAUUUACAAUGUGUAGAUCAUGAGUUUAAUACUCUUAAUCCCUACACCUAUUUUUUUUCUUACCCCACUUAACUUGUUGUCAAGUCUACCAAAGGAAGAGUUUUUAUAUUUUCAUCACCACCAUUAUCUUACCCUUGGUCAUGAUCCCAAACGGUUAGUUAACUGAUGUCCAUACCCAAAUAAACAUAUACAUUUCUCAACA